AUGGUACCGACAAAGACAAGGGAGUCCGGAAUGGCCGUUUUUGACUCAUUAGCCGUCAUCGGCAAUGCCCAUUCACACAACAUUGUAUAUGUCCGUUUGUUAGUGCUCUUCAUGAGGUGAGUAACCGAUCUCGUGAAAUGUCGGCCAAAAUUAUAAAAUGCGCUUUCAACUAUGGGGGGUUAAACACCUCAUGAGACUUUGGACUCGCAAGGAUGUUGGCUUUUGAAUGCACUUCCUUGCAGCCUCCCGUAUAAGCCGCGCUUUGUAAAAAACGAUUGCUCAAGUAGUAUUUAUUUUCACAUUGAUUUUUAAUGGCCUUACAAAUUCAAACAUAUUUUAUAGGAAUCACACAGGAAGGGCUGGUGCAUGGGCGCGUGGUAGGCUAACUGCGCAGAGCGCCUUCCCUGUCCAUGCUUGCCACACACACGACCUGGUCUCCGCACAGCAGACCGUGUUCUGCCCUGAUUCUGCAUAUGAUUUUAGAUCUCUCUAAUUCGGAACCUCCAAACCCCGAAAAGAACACUUCACCCAAAGUCUCUGAUGGCGUUUGUCCACAACGGAUCCAAAUGAUCGAGACAACGACAAUGAUUUUAGGGAGCCACUGCCUUCGAUAUGGAUGACUUUUGACAAAAAUGAAUCUGUUGCUCUAUCCUUAUGGAAACUUACCCCGAACGACGUCCGGUCGACAAUAAACACAGAUGCUAAAGCUGAGUAUUCAAUGAAAUAAAAUUAUUCUGUACGAAUCUCGGGACCAAGAAGAAGUGGUGUAGCCGGACUUGCUGAAGCUAUCUCAAACCGUUACUGGUGGACGUUAACGAUAGCAAUUUGUUACUUUCAGCCAAAUAACCGACAGAAUAUGAUGGCGAAUAUGACAAAGUUCUUCAUCAACAUGAAGACGCUAUGCAGCAUAUUACACAAGGAGUGGAGUAAACUUCAAAAUUGUUUUUCUGAGAAGCCCCACCCCACCUGCCGUAUUCACUAGCUAUCGUUUCGCCAGGUUAGCGUUUGUUUCGGUCGAUGAAAUAUAACCUUUUCGAGCGCUAAUUCAUAUCCUGUGAAAAUUCAAACAAUGGUUCGAUCAGUGUAGUGCUACAAACGCCAUUGGUUUUCUAAAAUCUUACACUAUGUAUUACCCAGAAGAUGGAGGACGGCUACAGCUGCAGGCAGACUAACAUAUAUUGAAUAUUGCAGUCUAAAUCAACAGUGCUUCCUUCACAACAAACGGCUUAAUCUAAGUUCUCCUCCCAUUUUUUCCUUCGCUCAUGCACGCAAUUCAAAGUACAUGCUACCCAAAACAAUGCCAAACAAAAAGCAAUAUUUUUGUCGAAACCUGCGAACGUAAAUGCCUCUACAACCGCGUAAAGCGUACGCCAAUACAUGCUCUACUGUGACGGCUUAGAUUGAAAACACAUCGAGAGAAACUGCUACACUAUACCUGUUGUUCCGGUGAACCCCUGUAAUUCAGAAGCCACUUUAGUUCCAUUACAGCCGAGGCGGUUUGCCACGCGUUGUUUUUACCCCGGAAGCCAUCCAAACCUACAAGGUUAAUACAUAUUUUGAGUAUAAAGUUGCAUCAGGCGCCGUAUGCCUAGGCUGGCUUGCGAUCUGUCCACAGUCAGCCUUGUUGCGGCCUUUUGGCAUAUUAAUCAUUCAAGCGACUGAGGGGUUAUACUUAACGGACCAGUGAUGUCGGUAGGAGACCAGGUCUAACCGACCACUCUUCUGAUAUUUGCACGUAUAAAACGAUAUUAGUUCUUCUCCUUGUUUUAAUUUAUAUCUCAUAACCAUACGGUUGUGUUCCUUUUUCAAACCUAGAUCAUAUGAAAGCAGAUUAAAUCAAUGCAUGUGGUGAUUCAAAGACAAAAUCGGUGUAAUUAAAUUAACUAUCCCUUAUAUCUUAACAAAAUAACCCACCGCAAGAGCGUGGAUAUCCACAAAUCUCCUGGCUAACUGAGUAGCAAAGAAUCUGAAAUUUGGACAAAAACACAAGAAUCGGAGACCACUGUACCAUCAUUUGCUGUCUGCAAAAUAAUUCUUUGUAUUUCUCACAGGGACAUGGGCCACAAACGAGAAAAUGAUACUGAACAUUAUACAUACAAUAACGUUGCCAGUGGUUCACUUGCAACUGACCACCUGGGGAAUUUUAUUGUUCCCAGCAGUGCACGCCAACACUGCGAAAUUUCUGAAAAAAACGUGUUCUUAUUUGGUCACUCAUAGUUCAUCAUGGGUCAUUCGCAUAAACCCUAACAGACUUUUAGGGUUUUUGUUGUAAUUUUUUAUGUGAAACAUUGUCAGCUUGCGUACUGGAUGUUGAUGGAAUCCUCCUCCGCUUUCGCGUUGUACACCGAUGGCGCUUUAUCGUUUCCGAUUGAAAUAUUGGCCAACCAUUAGCUGUGCAACACAUCAGCCAUAUUAAUUUGCUUCCCAUAGACAUACAAGCAGACUAGAAUGACCAUUAUCGGCUAAUUAGCCGUCGUCAGACAGUGAAACCCAACCCCGAAGUGUAGAGCACGUGGGCUCCAACUCGCGAUCUGUUGGUUAGAAGUCCAACAGUUCUAAUCACUAAACCACGGACAGUGAGCGCAAAACGUCUGACGAAGAAGAAGAAGCUGAUGAUGAGGAUAAUGAUGAGGAUGGUGGUGGUGGUGGUGGUGAUGAUGAUGAUGAUGAUGAUGAUGAUGAUGAUGAUGAUGAUGAUGAUGAUGAUGAUGAUGAUGAUGAUGAUGAUGAUGAUGAUGAUGAUGAUGAUGAUGAUGAUGAUGAUGAUGAUGAUGAUGAUGAUGAUGAUGAUGAUGAUGAUGAUGAUGAUGCAGAGGAAGAAGAAGAAUAG